CGGACACUCAGAGACAGAAAACAUCGCCUGGACAGUAGUGGCUUAGAAGCUGGAGUAGCGCAGCAGAUCUUUCUUCCUCCUCUCCCCUCCCACUUUUCCCCCCGCCCCCACCCCCACAUCAACCUCCUGCUGGCUGCAUUUUAUGAAGUGCAUCUCAGAGGCAGGAGAAAGUGUGAAAGGAUCCGAGAUGAAAGCUGUCAGCCCCAUCCGAUCAUCCAGGAAACAAAGCGGCAGCGAUGUUGUCCGGGGCCUGUCAGACCAGAGCCUUGGCAUCUCCAGAAGCAAAACGCCGGUCGAGGAGCCUCUCGGCCUCCUUUACAACAUGAACGACUGUUACUCGAAACUGAAGGAGCUUGUCCCGAGCAUUCCUCAGAACAAGAAAGUGAGCAAAAUUGAAAUCCUACAGCAUGUUAUCGAUUACAUCCUGGAUCUGCAGAUCGCCUUGGACACGCACCCUUCCAUCGUACUGCAUCAGGGCCAGCAUUCUCCCUCCAGGACGCCUCUGUCAACACUCAACACAGACGUUGCGAUCCUGUCCUUACAGGCAUCUGAAUUUCCCAAACAGUUGUUGACAGAAGACAGUAAGGCAUUUUGUCGUUGAUGAACUGGUGUUCCUACAUCACGAGGCCUGAGCUGAUACAGCCCCCGGAGCGAUCGCAGACAAGAGAAGCCGAGAGAACAAGCUUUGACUUUCUGUCUGUCCCUCCAACUCCUUUUUUUUCUAUUAUUUACCCGGACUGAUCGGUUAUUUAUAAACGGACUGAAUGCCCUUCCUUCAUUUGGAAGGCGUGCGGUUGUUGUCUUUCUAGUUUUGAUUGUUAAUAAUAUCCCAGAUGAGGGAAGCGCAGAUAUUAAACAAAAAACAAGAAAAAAAAUCACGUUGUGGAGGAAGACUUUACCUUCUGAAGGUGGAGCGUGACCGAAGAAAAAUCUUGUUGAUUUUUUUUAUUUAAAAAAAGUGUCAGAAACGUUAUAUUCUGGCAAAGGCAGGAGUGGCGCUGAGUUUGUGAUAGACAACUUUGUGAACUCUGCUAAUCAGAGAGUUGUAUAAUUGCAGAGAUACACUUCUGCCACGUUGUAAUGCUGUAUCUAAUUAUGCUGAAACUUUUUAUAAAAGUUAUUGUAAAUCGUACUUUUUAUACAAAAUAAAUGGUCGCCUACUUAA